CUUUGACUAGAUCAGAGUCUAAGAGAGAUGGAGGUUUUAAAAAUAAUUGGAGCUUUGAUCAUGAAGAAGAAAAUGAAAGAGAUACAGAUAAAGAUGGGGCAAAUCUGCUCAGUGUAGAAGAUGAUGAGGAUUCUGAAACCUCAAAAGGAAAAAAGUUAAAUCGUCCAUCUGAAAUUGUUGCUACUAGUUCUGGUGAUUUCAUCUUGAAGACAUAUGUGGGACGAAACAAGAGUGAAAGUUUUAAAACUUUGAAAGGCAACCCAAUUGGACUUAACAUGUUGAGCAACAAUAAGAAAUUGAGUGAAAAUACCCAAAAUGCAUCAUUAUGUUCUGGAACUAUAGUUCAUGGUAGACGUUUUCAUCAUGCUCAUGUACAAAUACCAGUAGUAAAAACGGCAGCCCAAAGCAAUCCGGACCGAAAAGAAAGGAAAGAAUACCCACCUCAUGUCCAAAAAGUUGAAAUUAAUCUUGUAAGGUUAAGUCGACCCCAGGGUGUUGAACGUAUAAUGAAGAGAACAGAACAGUCUGAAUCACAAGUAGAGCCUGAAAUUAAGAGGAAAGUACAACAGAAGCGGCACUGUAGUACAUACCAGCCUACUUCUCUGUCUCCGGCUUCAAAAAAAUUUUUAACCCAUUUAGAGGUUUCUGAACAACGUGAAUGUUGCCCAAAAUGUGGAAAAGAAAAAGAAAAUCAGACCAAAUGCCAAAGUUGUGGUAUUAUUUUUCGUAAUGAUUUGCAAAGAAAUUGCAGACACACUGUAACUUUGAAUGAAUCUACUGGACCAUUAUUAAGAACGUCAAUUCAUCAAAAUUCUGGAGGACAAAAGUCACAAAACACAGGAUUAACAACCAAGAAGUUUUAUGGGAACAGUGUGGAAAAGGUUCCACUUGAUAUAAUUGUCAGUCAUGAUGACAGUAGACAUAAUUAUUUACAGACUAAUGGAAAAGUCAUUUUACCUGGGGCAAAAAUACCCAAAAUCACGAAAGAAAGAAAAACAAGCCUGUCAGACAUAAAUGAUCCAAUCAUUUUGUCCAGUGAUGAUGAUGAUGACAAUGUUAAGAGUAUCCGAAGAAACAGCCUAUCUCCUCAGCCUGCUGACUCAGCGUGUUCUUCUCCAGCACCAUCCACUGGAAAAGUAGAAGCAGCACUGAAUGAAAAUCACUGCAGAGUUGAGCGUGAGCCAAAAAGCAUUCCACCAGAGUCAGAGCUAAACACUGUCACAUUGCCAAGGAAAGCAAGAAUGAAAGACCAGUUUGGCAAUCCUAUUAUCACCACACCUCUAAAACGUCGUAAAGUUAAUUCUCAUGAAACUUUAAUUGAUCCUAUAUCUUUAAGAUGCCCAAGUACCUUUGAAAGUGUCAUUUUAAGCUGUCGAAGUAUACGAGUAGGAACACUGUUUCGACUAUUAAUAGAGCCUGUAAUUUUUUCUGUAGAUUUUAUCAAGAUACAUCUGGAUGAACCAGAAAGUGAUCCUGUAGAGAUUAUUUUAAAUACCUCUGAUUUAACUAAAUGUGAAUGGUGUAAUGUCAGAAAAUUGCCAGUAGUGUUUCUUCAGACGAUACCAACAAUUUAUCAAAAGCUGAGCAUGCAGCUGCAAAUGAAUAAAGAAGAUAAAGUACGGAAUGAUUGUAAAGGAAUAAAUAAGUUAACAAAUUUGGAAGAACAGUACAUCAUUUUAAUUUUCCAAAAUAGCCUUGAUCCACAGACAAACAUGGUAUUUGAGAACAUCAUUAAUAACAUUGGUAUAAAGAAUAAUGUUUCCAAUUUUUUGGGAAAAAUUCUCUUUGAAGAAGCAAAUAGCAGACUUGUUGCUUGUACAAGAAGCUAUGAAGAAAGCAUCAAAGGAAGUUGUAUGCAAAAAGAAGACAAAGUUAAAACUAUGUCCUUUGAAUCUAAAAUACAACUUAGAAACAAACGAGAAUUCCAGUUUUUUGAGGAUGAGGAAGAAUCUGGAGAAAGCCAUACCAUCUUCAUUGGGCCUGUAGAAAAAUUGAUAGUGUAUCCACCACCUCCUGCUAAGGGAGGCAUCUCUGUUACUAAUGAGGACCUGCACUGUCUAAGUGAAGGAGAAUUUUUAAACGAUGUUAUUAUAGACUUUUAUUUGAAAUACUUGGUGCUUGAAAAACUGAAGAAAGAAGAAGCUGACAGAAUUCAUAUAUUCAGUUCUUUUUUCUACAAACGCCUUAAUCAGAGAGAGAGGAGAAAUCAUGAAACAACUAAUCUGUCGAUUCAACAAAAACGGCAUGGGAGAGUGAAAACAUGGACCCGGCAUGUAGAUAUUUUUGAGAAGGAUUUUAUUUUUGUACCCCUUAAUGAAGCUGCACACUGGUUUUUGGCUGUUGUUUGUUUCCCUGGUUUAGAAAAACCAAAGUAUGAACCUAAUCCUCAUUACCAUGAAAAUGCAGUCAUACAAAAAAAUUCAACUGUAGAAGACAGUUGUAGUUCUUCUUCCAAUGAAAUGGACAGUUGUUCACAGAAUUCUUCUGCCAAGCCUGUCAUUAAGAAGGUGCUAACCAAAAAGCAUUGCCUAGCUGUAACUGAUUCAAGCAGUGGACAAGAAGAAAGCGAUCCUUGUGAUCGGAGAAGCAUAUGCACUGUGAAGAAAAUAAAUGAUAUUGCAAGCGAAAAUGAAGAGUCGAAUAAAGGAGAAUCUUCAUGCCAGAAAGUUGUCGAUAGGACUAAAAGUGAGAAUGGCCUACAGGAUGAAUGUUUCAAUUCUGUACAUCACCCAGAUGGCUUAAGCAAUAUCAGAAUGAACUAUAGCGAUGAGUCAGCCGAAGGUAGUAAAAUGCUUGAAGAUGAACUCAUCGACUUCUCAGAAGAUCAAGAUAACCAGGAUGAUAGCAGUGAUGAUGGGUUCCUUGCUGAUGACAACUGUAAUUCAGAAAUAGGACAGUGGCAUUUAAAGCCUACUAUCUGUAAACAACCUUGUAUUCUACUUAUGGACUCACUCAGAGGCCCCUCUCGGUCAAAUGUUGUAAAAAUUCUAAGAGAGUAUUUAGAAGUGGAAUGGGAAGUUAAAAAAGGAAGCAAAAGAAGUUUUUCCAAAGAUGUUAUGAAAGGAUCUAAUCCAAAAGUACCUCAGCAAAACAACUUCAGUGAUUGUGGUGUGUAUGUAUUGCAGUAUGUAGAGAGCUUUUUUGAGAAUCCAAUACUAAAUUUUGAAUUACCUAUGAAUUUGAUGAACUGGUUUCCACCCCCACGAAUGAGAACGAAAAGAGAAGAAAUCCGAAACAUAAUUCUGAAGCUGCAGGAAGAUCAGAGCAAAGAGAAGAAGCAGCAUCAGGAUACUUCCUCCACAGAAGCAUCCCUGAGUGAAGGGACGGAACAGCAGAGUGUCGACAGUGUCUCAGCUUGACCAAAAGACUGUAGCAUGUCAUUUCCACUUUUAGGGACUAAUGACUUUUGUAACUGGGUGUAGACAGUAAAGAACUGAAGUGCUCUCUGCUCAGUGAUUGGGAAAUGUUAAUGCUUGUAAAAAUGUCAUAUAAUUAAUUUCCAAAGGAAUAUGUAUUAAGUAAAAGUCUGUAAAUAAUGUUAAUGAGGCCAAUUUUUCCAGCAUUUAUAAUUAUUUUUUUCACUUGUUAGGAAGCAUUUGUUAUUUUCUGUUAAUAGUACUUAAAACUGCAACUUCUAAACACAAAAUAAAAAAAUAUUUAUAGGAGGAAAUUAUUAAUUUGAUAUUCUUUAGUGAACUUGUAUAAUUUCUCAAGUGGGUGUGGCUCAUUUCCUCAAUAUUCAAGUAUCUAUGAUAAUCUUUUGACAUUUUACAUUUGUUCUAAAAUAACUCAGUGUGAAAAUAAGGUUACAUAUAAGGCAUUUUGAGCUAAGACAUCAUGUUCUUUUGCUUGCAUUGCAGAAAAAAGUCUUCCAUUCAUAUGCUUUCCUAUGUUUAAAGAACCCAAUAAAGUGCAAUAAUUUUAUGCAGAUACUUAAGUAAUAACAAUAAUUCAAAGAAAACUACUAAAAAAUAACACUACUUGCAUACAUUCUUAUCAAAUACAUUUCUAAAGACAUCAGACUCAGGUUAAAACUAUCUUGGUAACUGCAACUUGAAUUUCAGAUCGCACCGUGUUACAGUCCUAUAUUAUAGCUUGAAGUAUGAUGCAACCUGUGUGAUAAUUGAUAUUUUUAAUCUGUGUAAACACAGGAAUUUAAUAAGUUUACUAUUGAAUGAGUUUAUUAUAUGUACUGGUAAAGUAUCAGACACUUUGAGUUUUUCAGUGUAAAUUAAACAGGUAAAAGUUACCGUCUUCAGUUACAUAAUGCAGCAAAAAAUCUUCUACUUUGAAUUUCCCUUUAAAAAAAUGCUGAACUGUGGGGCUACGGUUACAGCUCAGUGAUAGAGUGUGUGCUUAGCACCUAGGCUUAAUCUCUAGCACCCAAAAAAUAAAAAUACUGCAAUGUUUAGACUUUGAUGACACAUUUACAACGUAAUGUAGAAAUCUUGCAUAUAUCUGUAGAAAUUACUAAUUUUAGUGAAGUGGUAUACUUUUCUUCACAGUUCAUUUUGAGAGUUGAAAUAUAUAUUUUAAGUCAUUUUUUCCUGAGUAGUGAAUUUUUAAAUGCACAAGUAACAAAUAAUUGGGUAAAAGAGCCAUUUUUAUCAUCAGUGGUUACUUUAUUUCUAACUUAACCACCUCUGACAUUGUGACUACAGUUCAGGCUGUUUCCUUACAUUUAAUAAAGUCCAUUAUUGUAUGCCUGGGGUUGAUGGGAGUGGUCUCAUCAAAGAGUUCUAUUAGGACACACUCAAUAAAUGAAAUACUAACAUGACAGCUUAGGAGUCUCGGUUAGUGGUACCAAUUCCGUGUUUCUUGGUUACAUUGAGCUAUCUUAACAUUUUUUAUUUCUGAGUUUUUCUUUGUAAUAAUGCUUUGGAGCUGUGUGGUCAGAUAAUUAGCUCAAGUAUGAAAAAGAAGAGCUUAAUUUUUUUAUCAUUAACUGUGGUAAAAUUCUUUCGGAUUAGAAAAAUGUUUAAACCUAAUAGUAUAAGGAAAAUUGACAUCUUUUUUUAAAUGAACCACUUUUUACUAGAACUUGAUGUUAAUGGAAAAAAAUAAUUCUGAAGGCCAGACGUGGCCAUACACACUUGCAACCCCAGCUACUCAGGAGGCCGAGCCUGGGAGUUCAGGGUCAGCCUAGGCAACAGCAAGAUUCUGUCUCUAAAAGCAAAAGACUACUCUGAAAUGCUUGUUUUUCUUUUAAUUUCUAAUGCUUAUGGUUUUUGGUCUUAGAUAAUUUUUGACAAUUGAAAUUAUAACAAUCCUUGGUCCAAUUCUCAUCAAUAUUUAUUACAUGGAAAAAAUAUAUAUAUAUUGUUGUAUUUCAACUUUCUAGAGGUAGAACACUCAGCGUGUUGAUGGUGUUUGUCCCACCCUAUAUGAAAUUUUACUUUUUAAAGUUAUGUUAAUAACUUGGGAGUAUAUAUCUUUGGAGGCUCUCAGAUUAUGCUAUAAAACUAGAUUUGAGAAUCUUCAGUAUGUAUGCAUUCACUUGAUAAUUGUGUACUCUUCUAUAUGUAGUUUACAGCGGAUAUCAAUCCUUUUAAAAUAUAUGAUUAGCAGAAGUUGUGAAACAGAACUUCAAGGUCUAAAGGUUUGUUACUAGACACUGAAACUGCAUGACGAGUAUCUGGUGUCUUAACUAAUUAGAUAGAUUUGUUGUAUUGGUUUUCUUGUUGGAUAGAAUAACAGUUAAUCAUUUUUAGAAGAGUUUUAGAUUACCUGCCAUGAAAUUUGUAUGUGUCUCAGCCCUUGGUAGUUUAAGAGAAAGGUAGUGUUUAGUCCUUCCCUUUUAAUGUUACUAUAUCUGCAUCUGCAGCUGAAAGCUUAAUGAUACUAAAUUCACUUAAACCUAAAACAGUUAGCUUUUCUUUGCAUUUUUAACCUGUGCUUAAACUCAGUCAAUUAAAUGUAGGAAGUUUUAUUUGAAAGCAUAAACCGGUUAUCUAAAUUACAUCUUGUUUUCUGUCAUCA